CGACCGAAAGUCUCCACAUCUCUGCCUGAUCCUUCGCCACAAAGCUCAGCAGCUCACGUGACUGUGUAUGUCAGCCUGCUACACAGUGUGGUAUUGGUGAAUCUGCGAGUGAAGCCUUCACACAUUUCGUCGCAGGCCCAAUGUGAAAAGGAAACCAUCCGAAGAGCGAGAUGCUGUCAGACGAGAAGAAUGUGGGCUUAAGCGCGGACUGCGCGUACCGCCCAGAAUGGCCGCUAGGUCAAUGGAGCGCCCAAUCAACAGAUGCUGCUCUGCCUGCGACCAUCGCGACAGGCGAACAUCACAUCGCAAAACCAAUACCGAUAGAAUACGAUUUCCUCAAGAGGGACUUGUAUCCACACCGGUUUCAUAAAAUCGAGCAUCUCAUCUGGCUCGCUGGUCGACCGCUCCCGCCACGUCCACUCCACCAACAGCUCCUCCUCUCACGUCAACUUGUCUUGUCCGAAUCCAUCGACCUGCAUCUCGUUUGGAAGAAAGGUACCAUAUUUGUGAAGCCACUGCCGAGAUACCUUCUAGACCGGAAAUUCUGGACUGCCCAUCUACGGUCAGACAGCGAGGACGGGCUACUGUUGGUCAAAUCUGCUCGGGGUCUGCUGUUCUCUUAUACCGCGUUGGUCAGACACGAGAGCGACUUCAGUAUUGCUCAGGCCAAAAGAUUGCUGCCCGGCUCGUUAUGUUGGGGUGAUUGGCAGCAAUUGGUGUGGACUUUUCUAGAUCACUUCCCCGGAAAUGAGAUAUACGCACAGAUUGAUGGACGGUAUUAUUACGGCGAACUCAGACUCGGCCGACUCAACAAGAUAUACAGGCUCAGAGCGAAGACCAUUACAGACGUUUUGUACGGUUACUCAAACUUGACUGCUCAUAAUCAGAAAGGCGACACAUUCAAAGACAACUUGCGGCUGAUCGGUGGAUCUCUGGCAUAUCUACUUAUCGUACUCCAAGCAAUGCAAAUUGGACUUGCAACCGACAGACUUGCCGGAUCUGUUACCUUCCAACAAGCUUGCGCUGGGUUCGCCAUAUUCUCAAUCCUUGCGCCCCUCGUUGCUUUAAGCACUGUUCUUGCUGUAUUUCUCUUUCUACUCGUUAUCCAUGUUACCGAGACCUUAGCCUUCGAGAAAAGACGGUUCAAAAACAUGAACGAAACGCCGCCUAGAGUUCGCUAGACAAGAGAUGCCUAGAUUUAAUAUUAUAAAUAUAAUUCUGAU